AUGCCGCCUUUGUCACAAGGAGUAGACGACGACGAAUAUGUUCUAUGUCUCCUCAAGGCUGUUUUCAAUCUCAAAUACGAGAUGACAAUGGUGUAUGUUUGGGAUUCUUUCCGCCUUCCGGAAGGCUUUCGAAGAAUUGGGUACGACGCAGACACGAUGCGGUAUACAUUUACGGACAAACAUGAGAAGUUGUAUCGGAGUGCGCCUGGCGAGGAAUACGGUAUGCUGAUGCCGGUUGGAUUUUCUGCUUCGGCGGAUAGGCCUGGAGCUUUUUCAGACAGAGAACCUCCCAAAGUCGACUCAUCUAGGCCCACUCCGAGUCAGAAGUUAACAUUCAGUGACUUCCUCCCUCCAUCCGCUAUGACAUCCCUGGACCAGAACCUGCCAGCACCCCCACCAAAGGCACACUUCAACGGUGCGAUGCGAACUGCUCUUUCAAAAAUGCAGGGUGUCAUACAGAACCUCCGUCGUUCCCUCACUUCCGCAGACCAUGCUUCCCCUCCUGGUGGCAAGACUUCGACCUCGAAUACGGCCAGCCAUGUUGCCAAAUUGAAGGGUUCUAAAUGCAAGGCUUAG